AAGGCGGAACCUCAACGACGACACGAGUCACGACCAUUGCCAGCAGCCUGGUGGUGGAGCCGCAAGGUACCCACCGCUCGAUGAGAAGAAACACCAUAUUGAAUUUCGUUGACCCGCCCUUCGUUAUACACCUGAUCUGUUAUAAAAUCUAAGGAAAGAUUUAGAAGGAGUUGUGUGGUCAUGCAAAAUAUCUAGACCAGAGUAGGACAAGAAUCAGACACAAGAUGCCUGCCAGGCCAAGAGGUAGAGGCUUUCGAGGUGGAAGAGGAAAUUAUGGAAACCAUUGGAUGGGCCAUCGCGGUGGCACCUCUCGUGGGGGAGGCAGGGGCAUGGGACAUCGUGGAGGACGUUUAGAUCACUAUCGGGGGAAGAGGGAAAUGCACAAUCCCCAUCAUCGCCCACACAAUCCAGAAAAGUUGUUGUCUAGUCUUGGACCAGAAGCGCAGUUGGCAUUAACAACCGCUAUAAUCAACACUGUCCUGAAGAAUGAUGGCAGGGAAGGUCGAGGUGGCUACCGUGGAAGAGAUUACCACCCACGGCACAGUGGCCAUCGUGAAGGACGGGGAGAGUAUUUUCAAGAGGAGUCGAGAGACCGCAGGCACUUUGGGGAAGACCGGAGAUCUCAUGAACCCAGGCCGUACCAUGAGGAGGGGAGAGGUCACCAUUAUGAGCGAGAGAAAUCAACUUCUGGUUCCCCUCGCUAUCGUAAUAACAGAUAUUCUGCUAUGCCAAGGAGGAGGCCCUCCCCUCAUGGCCACCCAGGGCCAUCACGUAAACGACAGAGAAUGGAAAGGAUGGAUAGUAUGGAGAGUGACAGUUCAGUUGAUCACAGCCACAACUAUGAAGAGGAAAAGCACGCUGAACUUGAACGUGAUAGAUUUCAUAGUCUAGGCCCAGAAAGAGAACACAAGGCCCAGGAAAGUAAGGAAAACAAAGAUGAUGAGGAUAAGGAAGAGGGGUCUAAUGGGCCAGGAGGUGUGCAGGUAACUAUUGGAGCAGAUGGAGAACGGGCAGUGAAUAAUGAAGGCAGGGGACAUCCAAGGGUUGGAGGCAGGCUGUUUGUGGAGCUCCGAUGUCCACAUUGUCCUAGUCAGAGAUCAAUUACAUUUAAGGAAUACAAGUAUCACCUUGGCAGUGAAGGGCACAAAAUCCAACUGAGCAGACUUGCGAGGAAGCACUCGGUUGUCCUCCGCAAAAUACGCGUACAACAGAGACAGGAGCAGAGAGAAAUAGAAAUGAAGUGGAAGGAGGAGCAAAGUGAAGAGUUCAAAAGUUCUGUCACCAGAUUCUGCAACACUUGCAAGUUGGCUUUCAAAUGCCUCGGAGGAAAUACUGGGGAAGGAAUUGAUCUGCACAAUAAUAGCAAGUUGCAUCGGAUGCAGAAAUGCUACCUUCAUCCACGAUGCUCUAUGUGCCAUGUUACUUUCCCAAGUCGGAUGGUGUAUGAAUACCACAUUGCUUCAAUCAGCCACCUGAGGGUAAGAACAGCAACCAUUGAAAGGAUGGGUGGUCAUGAUCCCACUGAUGAGCAGGAUCAAGAAGAGGAAGAGGAUGAUCUUGAUUUAGCGAAUUUCUUGACGUUGGAUUCUGUAGGAGAAGAUGAUGAUGUUGGAUCAGAACAUGAAGAAAUAACUGGGGGAUUAGAUGGAGAGGAGGCUGCAAAGGAAGCUGAAGGAAAAAAAGGGAAGCAAUCUUCAGGAUCCAGAUUCAGAAGGGGCAUGAUAGAUGAUGAUGAAUUGUCGACAGAAGCUGAUUGGGACAAAGAACAAUUAGAUGAUGAAGAGGUCGAAGAAAAUGAACCAGUUGGAACCGAGUAUGUGAAUCGUAUUGAAGUUUAUUUCUGCAGUUUAUGUUCCAAAGUCAUUCGUGCUGACACUUCAUUAGGCUCGAGAGCAGUUCAGCGCCAUUGUAGAUCUUUUGAUCAUCUUGCUAACUAUCGGGAUGCACACCCAGCUGAGGAACCGAUUUCGAGCGGGGAAGAAACAGAUGACGAGAAUAGUACCAAAGUUGAGAAACAGGAAUGUAAACAUGGGGAAAGAGAUGAAGCUGAACAAGAAAUGGAGGAAGAUCCAGAACAAGAAAACUUUUGGGAAGAAGUUAAUAAAAGUCUUGACAUGCUGCAAGGUGCCAUUAUGACUGAAAUAGAAGACUCUUGUAACUCUGUAAAUGAAGAUGCCACUACAGAAGGGAAGAAAAAAGCGGAAGCCGCAGUUGAGAAUAUCUGUGAAAGUAGUAAAUUGGAGGAGGUUGGAGAAGACUUCGAAGAGGAGACCACUAUUCUAGAAAAGAGUGAUGUAAGCAGACAAGAGCGGCACCAUGAAAUGCCAGCAGACUUUUUAGAAGACAUUGGAGAAGAUUCUGAGGAAGAUACUUAAGGAAGUAAUAUUAAUAGUAAUUCAGAGAAAUGAUGCUUAAAGGAGUAAAUCUUGUACGAGAUGACAGUAUUCUACAGCUUCACUUCAUCAGGUGAAGCAGUUAUCAUCAGUAGGAAAAAGUGAACAAGAUACUUUUUUAUAGUCGUGAUCUUCUGAGGCAAAUUGAAUUUAUUUCCCAAAUGUGUAUUUUGUGACUUUGUUGCCAUGCACAAGUGACUUGACUUUUUGGCAACUAAUUCUGUAACUGAAUGUGAUUAAGUACACUGGAGAUUGUCAUAGUUUUAUCUUUUAAGUUUUGAGUUGCUUGCUGAUAUUGAUUUUGUAACAGUUAAGUAGUAAUUUUGUCAUGUAAAAAUUUUUUCUUUUCAUAUUAAAUUGAAGAGAUGCUUAA